UGUUCCCUGGCUCCCCUUUGUCUCCCUACUCCCCGCCCAGGCCUGGCCCGCCUGCCCGGCCACUCUCCCUCCCUCCCCGUAGCCUAGCUGGCAGGAGCCUGGACUCCGCCCGCCCGGGGAGCCGGGGCCUGCUGACCCACCAGCUUAGGAGCACCCCUCAAGCUCAGGGUCACCGUGGAGGCUCCAGGCCACCAUGCUCAGCCUCAAGCUGCCCCAACUCCUGCAAGUGCACCAGGUCCCCCGGGUGUUCUGGGAAGAUGGCAUCAUGUCUGGCUACCGCCACCCCACCAGCUCGGCCUUGGACUGUGUCCUCAGCUCCUUCCAGAUGACCAACGAGACGGUCAACAUCUGGACUCACUUCCUACCCACUUGGUACUUCCUGUGGCGCCUCCUGGCGCUGGCCGGGGGCCCAGGCUUCAGGGCAGAGCCAUACCACUGGCCGCUGCUCAUCUUCCUGCUGCCUGCCUGUCUCUACCCCUUCGCGUCGUGCUGCGCGCACACCUUCAGCUCCAUGUCGCCCCGCGCGCGUCACAUCUGCUACUUCCUAGACUACGGCGCGCUCAGCCUAUACAGCCUGGGCUGCGCCUUCCCCUAUGCCGCUUACUCCAUGCCGGCCUCCUGGCUGCACGGCCGCCUGCACCAGCUCUUUGUGCCCACCGCCGCACUCAAUUCCUUCCUGUGCACCGGCCUCUCCUGCUACUCCCGGUUUCCCGAGCUAGAAAGCCCUGGGCUCAGUAAGGUGCUCCGCACAGCUGCCUUCGCCUACCCCUUCCUGUUCGACAACCUCCCGCUCUUCUAUCGGCUCGGGCUGUGCUGGGGACGGGGCCGCGACUGCGGGCAGGAAGCACUGAGCACCAGUCACGGCUACCACCUCCUCUGCGCACUGCUCACGGGCUUCCUCUUCACCUCCCACCUGCCCGAGCGCCUGGCACCAGGCCACUUUGACUACAUCGGCCACAGCCACCAGCUGUUCCACAUCUGUGCCGUGCUGGGCACCCACUUCCAGCUGGAGGCGGUGCUGGCCGAUAUGGGGUCACGGCGAGCCUGGCUGGCGGCACAGGAACCUGCCCUAGGCCUGGUGGGCACGCUGGUCACUCUAGGCCUGGUGGUGGCUGGGAACCUGCUCAUCAUUGCCGCCUUCACAGCCUCCCUGCUACGGGCCCCGGGUUCAUGCCCCUUGUUACAUGGUGGCCCACCGGAGGGGGGCACCAGGGCCAAACACCAGUGAGCCCACCCCUGCCCCUGCCCUGGAGGGAGGCAGAGGCCAGGCUCCAGCAGUGCUGAGUUGGGGCGUGUCUGAGCCUGGAACGCAGAGAGGCUGCAGAUCGA